AUGGCUAACGUUUCACGAAAUGGUAGUUUUGCCGGUUAUAAUGGGUUGGCUAGAAACAGUUCGCAGCUGCUGAGGAUUUCCAGAGAAGUAGAGUUAGAAAGACAUCAAUCGAUGGCUUCGGUAAUGUCCCGGGACACUGUUAUGGGGCUGCAAAGAUUAUUGGAUCGGUUGGAGCUUGAUGAUGAUUUACCUUGGGAAAAUAGUGUCAACCCAUUGCAGCAGCUUCAACAAUCAGGCUUACUGACUCCUUUCGAAGAUACUGAUGUUUCUUCUGAACAAAAUACAUCUUCCGUUAAUAAUUUUAUCAACGCUGGGGGAAAUAACAAAUCAUCCAGACGUUCUAGAGGGUUUGGAAGCUUGAGAAAUUCACUCCGCUUGAAAAAGAAUUCCAUUCCAGAAGAUGAUACCUCCGCCAUCAAGACAGCUGAGGCUUUAGGUUCAACUGUUUCUCAAGUUCAAAGAACCACCCCUGUCGUAGUUGGUCAUACAAAUAUUGAUGAACAAGCGUAUGGAAGAGCAACGUUAGAAAUCAAUGACGAAGAUGAAGGAGGAGAAAAUCAAGACCAGAGUAAUGGUCAAGCAGAAAAGGCUUCUCUAAGUGUCUGCGGUGGUCCAACAGGGCAGCAAAAGGCUAGGCCAGUGUCUGCGGUACCUGUUCCAAGAGAAGAUCCGAAUGAGCUUCGUGUGAAGAAGGCUAUCCAGUUAAGAAAGGAUGGUAAUCCAAGAGAAGCGUCCUAUCAACUCAGUAUUGCAGCACACCACGGCAGCAGGAAUGCCAUGUUGCUAUAUGGGCUCUCUUUACGUUAUGGGUAUGGGUUAAGAGUCGAUCCGAAGCAAUCAUUUUUAUGGAUAUCUAGAGCAGCCUCGUACGAUUUGAUCUUGGACGCCAAUCUGAACUUCUCGGUAGAUCCUUUUAAUCUCAAAGAAGAUUCCAUUCCUAAGGUUCCGCCUGAACCAGAAGCCAAAGCUUACUUUGAGCUUGCUAUAUCUUACCUUAAUGGUUUUGGUGUCGACAAAAAUGAAAAUCGGGCGUUACAAUUUUUUGAAAAAAGUGCUAGUUUAGGAAAUGUUGAGGGUAUGUCUCAAGCAGGUCUAUUAUGGCAAAAAAAGGGGCCUCACGGAAGAAAAAAGGAUCUACAUAGAAGUGCUGCCUGGUUAAGAGAGGCAGAAAAGAGAGGCUCCGAAAAUGUUGGUAAUAGUUGGAUCCAUAAAGAGAAAUACUUGCAAAGAAAGGAAUAA